GCUCGCUACCACCAAUAGAUAACGUUGGACUUUAAUCUAUUGGCUAAAUAAGGCCUAUAGUGUCGCAAUCCGUGACCUGGCUGUGCGCUUUAGAUGCCACUGAGGAAGAUAAAGAGCACCCGAGAGAAGGAAAUAGAACGUUUCUUCAAUGUACAAUGAAGGUAAAAGUGAUUUCAGUCUUGGAUGACAACUAUAUGUACUUAAUUAUUGAAGAGAGCACUAAAGAUGCCAUUGCAGUGGAUGCAUCUGUUGCAAAAAAGUUACUUCAGAUUGUUGGAAGGGAAGGAGUAAAUCUGAAAGCCAUUCUCACUACACAUCACCACUUAGAUCAUUCUAGAGGAAAUGCAGAUCUUGUCCAACAGAUUCCAGGGUUGCAGAUCUACGGAGCUGAUUAUCGGAUAGGAGGUUUAACCCACAGGAUGGCUCACAACCAAGAACUGAAGUUUGGAGGAAUUAAUGUGAGAUGCCUUUUCACACCGUGUCAUACAUCGGGCCAUAUGUGCUACUUCAUGUGGGAGGACGGAUGCCCUGAUGCUCCGGCUUUGUUUUCAGGCGACACCUUGUUCAUUGGAGGCUGUGGGAGAUUCUUUGAAGGGACGGCUGACCAGAUGUAUAAGAACCUAUUAGAAACAAUCGCAUCUCUCCCAAAGGAGUCUAAAGUUUUUUGUGGACACGAACACACAGUGAGGAACCUAAAGUUUGCAUUAAAAGUAGAACCAGAUAAUGAAGAUGUGAAGAAGAAACUUGCCUGGGCAAAGGAUCGAGAUGACGAUGACAUUCCUACAGUCCCCUCCAGCCUUGAAGAGGAGUUUCUUUAUAACCCAUUCAUGAGAGUCAAGGAAGAAUCUGUCAAGAAAUUCACCGGUAAAACUGACCCUGUGGAUGUCAUGAGGGCUUUGCGGAAAGAGAAGGACGAGUUUAAAAAGCCAAAGGAACUACCAAUCCCAGCAAUCCUUGCUUUCCAACUGAGUCUGCUUAAGGAGCCCUUUCCGCCAAAAAAAUAAUACAAAAACUCUAGGAACUUUCAUCCAAAACAAAUUCACAUUUUGUUAAUUCAGAUAUUAAUUUUAGAGGUUUGCUCUUUCAUAUGGGCGGCUGUUUUGCAGCAUUGUGCUACUUUUUUGUUACACCAAGCUGGCAUCAAGAUUAUGCUCUAAAAAGCAGGAAGUACAAAGAGCAUGCAUAAAUCAUGACCUUUUUAAAUAAUCAUUCUGAACCCUACAAAUCUUAUGAGCUAUGCUGAAGCAUGCAUAGCGUACGUUUUAUCAUCCUCCAUCGUGACAGUGGGAUAAAUUAACUAACAGCCUUUCCAAAAUUUCCAGUCUCGUCAACUUCUAUUGUAACGAUCCUUUUGUUAAAUGUCAUCCAACUUUACAUUAUUUGUUAAAUGUUCUCUGUAGAAAGAUUUGUGAGAUUGAAUAGGCUGGCCUGACAGUAUUGGAUCUACCCCACUACCUGUUUGUUCCAACUGAUAGACUGGAGAAAGUGAAAAUUAGCGAAGGUGGAUCUAUUAACUAGCUACAACACAAAAGGUUUAUAGAGCUCUUAUAUUUAAUAAAAUGUAUGUAUUACAAAAAAAAUAAAAAAUUGACAUCCCUUUAACGGGACAUGAAACCCAAAUAUUUCCUUUCACAGUUCAGAUACAGCAUACCAUUUUAAACUUAAAUUUACUUGUUUUAUCUAUUAGUUCUAUUAUCAAAUUUGCGUCAUAUUUCUAGUAUACUUUGUUGAAAGAACAGCAAUGCACUGCUGUCAACAAACAGAACACAUUGGUGAGCCAAUGAAAAGAAGCAUAUGUUUGCAGCCACCAAUCAGCAGCUAGCUGACAGUAGUGCAUUACCGCUCCUAAGCAUACCUUGGUAUGCUUUUAAACAAAUGAUACUAAAAAAACAAAGCAAAUUAGAUAAUAGAAGUUAUCUGUAGGGUUGUUUAAAAUUGCAUGCUCAGUUUAUAUCAUUAAAGUUUAAUAUUGGCUUCACUAUCCCAUCUGUAUAAAAUAGAACACAAAUAUUAGAAACACGAAAUAAUUUCCCAGUUUUUCUGAAGCUUCUGGCAGACUGCAUGUAACAAUACAAUUACGUAAUUAUUUUAGUAGGACAUAUAACUCAAAUAACAGGUGGAGCUGUUGGCCCCAAUAUAAGGCCAGAUUACAAAUCCCACGCAAGCAAAAAGGGGUUUAUUGUGUCCGUUUGCGCUGGUCGGGUGUAGCUCUCAUAUUACAAGUUGUAAGUAAACGCGAUUGCGUAAGCGCAAUAAAAGUUAGAAUUAUACAAUGAUUUUAUGAAUGUUAUUCUUAUCUGAGACCAAAUAGCUCCAUUGGUAAUUUGAGUUGUAUCUCCCUUACAGGUGCUAUAGAAUUAAUAUGUUCACUAAUGUUCCUGUUGGAUAUAAAUACAGCAUUUUACCAAAACUACAUUUUUAGUUUUAAAAUGACAUAAGUUAUAAUAAAGUUUAAUAAUCAUAUGUUUAACCCCUGCGCCUUUUCUAAUCAGGAUAUGGCUGAUGAUUGGAAGCUACCUGAGUAUGUCACUCCCGAUUGGCUCACAGAUAUUGUCCUACUUAGGAGUGCCAAUGCACUGUGGCUCUUACAAGCAACUUUAACUAUGUGUAUAAACCAUUUGCAGAGCUAAGCACAUAGUUAUAAAUUAAUACAGGUGGCCCUCGUUUUACAACGGUUCAAUUUACACCGUUUCAGAAUAACAACCUUUUUUUCCCAGUCAUGUGACUGCUAUUGAAAAGCAUUGAGAAACAGUGCAUUUAUUAAAAUAGCCAGUAGGUGGAGCUGUCCGCUUGUGUUGCAGCAAAGCCAAGCAAGCUGAAAUUAAUCAGUUUAACCAGACCUGAGCUAUUGAGCAGAUUUCAAAAGGAACAAGAUCUUCCUGUCUAUAAAUCAGUCCAGAUUGGAAUGCAUAGAAAGAACUGUUUGCAGAAAAAUGCAAGUGAAGUCUGUGUUGUGUGAUUAUUUUAUUAGGUUUAUAAUGCUCUUUAGCAAAUGUUUUUGUUCAUUUAACUUAGUUUAAUUAUAUAUUCUGUGUUGUGUGAUUAUUUUAUUAGGUUUAUAAUGCUGUCUAGCAUUUAAAGUCUUCAUUUCAAAGCUUCAAAAAUAAUGUAUUAGGUGUUACUUAUGACAAUUUUGAGAGGGGCCUGGAGCCUAUCUCCCUCACUUCCCAUUGACUUACAUUAUAAACUGGGUUUCAAUAUACAACGGUUUCGAUUUACAACCAUUCCUUCUGGAACCUAACCCCAGCGUAAACUGAGGGCUACCUGUAUUUGCUUAAUAAUAAAAUAUUCUACUAAAUUGUAA